AUGCAGCUCCUGGUCAAUCCCAGCUCAGAUCAGAACCAGCACAACCAUGCCCCUCUCGGGACCGACGCCGCUGCAUCUUUGUCCGAUGCUGUUGCUGCUGCUCUCGCUUCUGCCGCCUGAGGGCGCCCUGUCCUCGGUCCUGGAGCGCAGCCCUGGCCUCCGGGGAUUCCCAGACGCACUCCCCGGACUGAACGCCUCUAGAUUCCGGGAGAUGCGGAAACGCUACGACAGCCUGAUGAACCAGUUGCGGGUAAACCAGAGCUGGGAAAACUCGAGCCCCGAUCCCAGCACCGCUUCUGUUGUCUGGAUCCUGACCCCCGAGCUGCGAACCGGUCCCGGCGGCCUCGUGCACCUGCGCAUCCCCGGAGCCGCCCUCUCCGCGGGGCGCCCCGCUGGCCCCCGCCUACACCGGGCCUUGCUCCGGCUGCCUCCGACGGCCCCGAUCCCGCGCGAUGUGACGCAGCCGCUGCAGCGACUACUCGCCCGUGAGGGCCCUGUGCCGCCGAUGCUGCGCCUGAGACUGUCACCGCAGCGAUCCGACCCAGUGCUGACAGCGAAGCCUUCCUCCCGGGCCCGACUGGAGGUGCACCUGCAGCCGCGCGCCUCCAGGGGGCGCCGCGACACGCACGCGCGCACGGCGGAGGCCUGUGCGGCCGGGAAGGCGCACUGCUGCGGCGUGCAGAGCCGGCGCGUGACUCUCGAGGAGCUGGGCUGGGCCGACUGGGUGCUGGCGCCGCGCGAGCUGGACGUGCGCGUAUGCGUCGGCGCGUGCCCGCCCCGCUUCCGGCCGGCCAGCGCUCACGCGCGGAUCAAGGCGCGCCUGCACGACAGGAACCCUGGUUCCGCGCCUGAGCCCUGCUGCGUGCCUGCCAGCUUUGAGCCUCUGGCGCUUCUGCACCAGGACAGCGAAGGUCGCGUGACGCUUACGUCCUACGACGACAUCCUGGUUAAGGACUGCCACUGCGCUUGAGCGGGCGCCCUGCGAGGGGUGGGGCCUCAGGGGUCCGCGUCCGCGCAGUGGGCUCGCAGAGGCUACUUGGUGCUCACUUGUCCCCCCUCCCUGCACACUAUUGUAUUUGUGACUCUAUUUAUUGCUAAGGAGCCCUGGUGGCGCAGUAGUUAAAGCGCUUGGCUGCUUACCGAAAGGACGGUGGUUCGAACCCACCAGCCAGCCACUCCCGGAGAAAUAUGUGGCAGUCUGCCUUCAAGAUUUACAGCCUUUGAAAUCUUAUGGGGCAGUUCUCCCCUGUCCUGUGGGGUUGCUUUGAGUGGGAAUGGACUUCACGGCAACGUUUUUUGUUUCUGCUAAUGUGUUGGGGCAGUUCGCUGGGGGACUGGAGUUUGGAGAGGGCUGCUGGUAGGGGCGUGUAUAUAUUUUUAAUUUUGGUAAUAAAAAUGAGCUGUCUGAACUGUC